GGCAGUCAGUCCGUUUUAAGGUCGCGUGCUGAGCUGGAAAGAGGAACUCCGGCGGAAGGAGACGCAGCUUGCUUACUGAACUAGACCCGUUUGGAUUUUCUUUUCUUUUUUUUUCUUUUUUUUUUUACAUAAACAUUUCCGUAAAAUGGCGUAUCACAGUCCGUACAGAGCUCCCCCGCACGUCAACGCUCCUCCGGACCAGAGUUUCCUGUGGAACAUCUUCCAGAGGCACGUGGACUCCUUUCAACCCAGUGACGGUGCGCUCGAUCAUCGCCAUGUUCGACAGGGAAAACAAAGGCGGCGUGAACUUCAACGAGUUCGCCGGCGUCUGGAAGUACAUCACAGACUGGCAGAACAUCUUCAGGAACUACGACCGGGACAACUCCGGCUUCAUCGACAGGAACGAGCUCAAGCUGGCGCUGACCGGAUUCGGCUAUCGUCUCUCGGACCAGUUCUACAGCACGCUGAUCGAGAAGUUCGACCGGCAGAGGAAGGGCCAGGUGGCGUUCGACGACUUCAUCCAGUGCUGUAUUGUAUUGCAGAGGUUGACCGAUGUGUUCCGGCGGUACGAUACGGACCAGGACGGCUGGAUUCAGGUUUCAUAUGAACAGUAUCUUUCCAUGGUCUUCAACGUCGUAUAACGCACACGGAGACCCCCCGACGAGCACAACUGGAUCGAACCGUGCCAAAGCUCCCGGCAUCCUCCAGAUGUCUGCCACGGUGGACACGACAUCAUUUUUUAAAGCUGGUCUCAGCCCUCGUUUGGGCUGUUUAAUAUAAAAUUAUGACCUGAGAAAAGUU